UAAACACCUCCCCCUCCUCGUCAUCAUUGUUGAUGAAAUUAAGCUUAUUUGAUACAUUUUAAACAUUGAAAUUUGGUAAAAACAAAAUAUCGGUCUACCCCGUGAACCGAAAUGUUAAAUGUUAAAGUUGACUUUUGAGGUUUGAAAAUUUGUUAGAGCUGCAAACAUCGAGCAUCUUUUACGAUUGCAUUUUUGUGCUCUAUGGCUAUGUGUGCAUGUGCCUUAGCUGGAGUCUGUUUUCAUUUACAUUGGGUAAAAGGCAAAGAAACUUUGGAAAGAUGGCAUACUGGAGUUACAUUACGAAAUUUAAAUAUUUUGGGCUUUGUAAGUGCUGUGAUUAGUAUUACUGCACUGAUUUGGUACCUGUUUCUUACGUUUUAUUAUCAAAUUCCCAUUCACCCAAUUUCUGAAAGCACUAUAAUAACAGCAGUAUGGUCCAUGAUCUGUGGAAAAUGGGGUAUUACUUUAAUGUAUUACUCAAACAAAUAUGAAUUAUUGGUCCAAGAAGGAGCAUCACCUAUACUUACAGAUAAUGCCUGAAAUAUAAUAUCAUAAUUUAUAUUUUUAUAUAAAAUAUUUUUUACAAAAUAAAUGCAUAACAU